AUGGGUUCCGAUCUCAAGACGCAGCAAUACUCAGAGGAUUCUCUUCCCGAGUAUACGCCUAUGCCAUGGUCUCUUAAAGAGAUACGCGCCGCCAUUCCCGCCGAGUACUUUGUCAGGGACACAGCUCGUGGUCUUUCGUACUUCGGUCGCGAUGUCCUACUUGCGGCUACAGCUUGGACUUGCGCUACAUAUAUCGACCCAUAUUUCCAACAGGCCGCAACCAAGGAGCUUUUGACGCCUAUCGGAGCUGAAGUAGCUCGAUGGGCAGCAUGGCUCGUAUAUUGGUGGUUCCAAGGCCUCAUCUUCACCGGUAUCUGGGUUAUCGGUCACGAAUGCGGACACGGCGCUUUCUCUGACCACAAAAUUGUCAACGAUGUUCUCGGAUUCAUUACCCACACCUUUUUAUGGACUCCCUAUUUCUCUUGGAGAAUCUCGCAUCAUCGUCAUCACUCAAAUCACGCAUCCAUGGAGCGUGAUGAAGUGUAUGUUCCCAAAACCCGUGAAGACCUUGGUAUCCCCGACAAAGCCAAUGAAGAAAUCGACUGGGACGAGAUCUUUGGCGACACCCCCAUUUACACUCUUUACAUGUUGAUACGCCAGCAAGUGCUCGCAUUCCCGGCAUAUCUCCUUUUCAAUGUUUCCGGACAAAAGAAUUACCCAAAAUGGACCAACCAUUUCGAUCCCAACUCGAUUCUCUUCACUAAAGCCCAACGCAAUGUGGUUAUCAUUUCGAAUAUCGGUAUCGCGGCUAUGGUCUACGGUGUCGUACACUUUUCCUCCAUUUACGGUGCUGGCGAGGUCAUCAAGUAUUACGGAAUCCCUUGGCUCUUGGUUUCCCACUGGUUCAUUAUGAUCACCUACCUCCACCACACCGACCCACUGCUCCCCCACUACCGUGGCAAGGAAUGGAACUUCCAGCGUGGAGCCGCCGCGACCGUCGACCGUGACUUCCUUGGAUGGCAAGGUCGCUUCUUCCUCCACGAUGUCGCCCAUUUCCAUGUUAUCCACCAUUUCUUCCCAAAGAUGCCUUUCUACCACGGCCCUGAGGCUACUCAGCAUUUGAAGGCUUUCAUUGGAGAGCACUACGCGUACUCAAAUAAGAACCCAUUCAAGGCCCUGUGGGAGAGCUAUAACAAAUGCCAAUUCGUCGAGAAUGAGGGCGAUGUCCUUUUCUACCGCGACAAGAAGGGACAAGCUGUUCGCCGCCCAGCUGCUGAAUAUAGAGUCAAGUCUAAAACUCAAUGA